AUGUCAUCUGUAACAAUAAAUAUUGAUUUCAUGUAUGUCAAGAUGGCCUUGGUGGAUUUCCGCGCUGGCUUCGCUGGAAUGUCAGGAGAUAUUCCAGUUAAGGUCUUUAUAAGGUCAAGACCAUUUAGCGAGAGGGAAAAGCUCGAAAAUGCACGGGAGUGUCUACAGUUCUUUGUGGAAUCUAACCAGUUAUCCUGUAAUGGAAAAAUGUUUGCUUUUGAUGGCGUGCUAGAUCCCUCAACACCACAGGACACCGUAUAUGAUGUGACGGCUUCAUCUCUCUUAGAACAAUUUAUGAAAGGUUGGUCUGGAUUAGUUGGGAGUUUUCAGAAGGCAUUGAAUUCUUUGAGUUUUUGAAC